UGCGCGACCGUGAUUCCAUGCUCACGUCUCCCCACCCCCAAACUAGGCCUUGAGGACCUCGAGCUGUGGAAGGGCGGGAAAGGCAGUUGGAGGGAGGGCCGAGCGGUUUACUCACUCCAUGGCUGUGGAAAAGAGAGGCGGCGGCGGCCUCGGUUGAAGAAAGAAGACGGGAGCGGGAGCGAAGGUUGCAGACGCUGGCCGAUUUGCUUUGAGAGUUGGAGUAGCUGUUGCCACCAGAGUCUGAAACCAUGAGCGGGUUUAAUUUCGGAAGCACUGGUGCUUCCACAGGUGGAUUCACAUUUGGCACUGCGAGAACAGCAACCACCACACCCUCAACGGGAUUUUCUUUCUCCACUCCCGGCACUGGAGGGUUUACCUUUGGAACUCCCUCCCAGCCAGCUGCAAGUACCCCUUCAACCAGCCUCUUCUCACUCAACACCCAAGCUCCAGCAACUCAGACCACUGGAUUCACUUUCGGAACAACUCCUGCUUCCACAGCAACUGGCUUUUCCUUAGGGAUCAAUACCCCAAAGCCAAGCUUGAGCAACAUAGCUGCCGCCCCAGUUACGGCAAAUCCCAGCGGCUUUGGGCUUGGCAGCAGCACCCUCACCAAUGCCAUAUCAAGUGCUGUCACCUCCAGCCAGGGGACAGCAUCCACUGGCUUUGUGUUCGGUUCCUCUACCACCUCCACAGCUCCAGCCACCACGUCUGGAGGGUUCUCCUUCACCAGUGGAAGCACGUCCCAGGCUGGGACCUCUGGCUUCAACAUUGGCUCCCUGGGCAGUGUAGCCCAGGCCCAGCCCACGGCACUUCCCGGAUUGCCCUUCACUGCAGCCACGCCAGCAGCCACUGCAGCGGGGGCCACCCAGCCAGCUGCACCCACAGCCACUGCCAGCAGUGCAGGGCCCACCCUCUUUGCCUCAAUAGCAGCUGCUCCCACCUCGUCCACCACUGGGCUCGCCCUCUGUGUCCCAGCAACCACCACUGGAGCUCCUGGCGCUGGGACCCUGGGUUUCAGCCUAAAAGCCCCCGAAACCGCUUCUAGCACCUCAGCAGCAACAUCCACCACUGUGGCCACAGCCAGCACCACUGCCGCCACCGGCUUUGCUUUGAAUAUAAAGCCACUGGUGCCAGCUACAAUAUCCAGCGGUGCAGCAGCAGGUGUGACUGCUGCAUCUGGCUCCGUUGCAGCUACUGGGACAUCCACCUCUCCUGUGAUGACCUACGCACAGCUGGAGAGCCUGAUCAACAAGUGGAGCCUGGAGCUGGAGGACCAGGAGCGCCACUUCCUCCAGCAGGCCACCCAGGUCAACGCCUGGGACCGCACGCUAAUCGAGAAUGGGGAGAAGAUCACCAGCCUGCACCGUGAGGUGGAGAAGGUGAAGCUGGACCAAAGGAGGCUGGACCAGGAGCUCGACUUCAUCCUGUCCCAGCAGAAGGAGCUGGAAGACCUGCUGAGCCCCCUGGAGGAGUCAGUGAAGGAGCAGAGCGGGACCAUCUACCUGCAGCACGCCGACGAGGAGCGUGAGAAGACCUACAAGCUGGCUGAGAACAUUGAUGCCCAGCUGAAGCGCAUGGCCCAGGACCUCAAGGACAUCAUCGAGCACCUGAACACGUCCGGAGGCCCUGCUGACACCAGCGACCCACUGCAGCAGAUCUGCAAGAUCCUCAACGCACACAUGGACUCGCUGCAGUGGAUCGACCAGAACUCGGCCCUUCUGCAGAGGAAGGUGGAGGAGGUGACCAAGGUGUGCGAGGGCCGCCGCAAGGAGCAGGAGCGCAGCUACAGGAUCACAUUUGACUGAGCGCCGGCCUCCUGGGGUCCUGGGCUCUCGAAGCCGGAGUGGGGUCCGGGUCUUAAUUUGGGCUUGUUUCCUUCUUUCAAAUAAUUGGUGUUGAAAUUGUUCUGUGGUUUGACUUUUCCUGUUAACAAAUAGAAAGUGCUCUCUGUGUCUUCUGGUCAGGCAGCGACCUAGUGGGUGGUGUCUGUGUAGCUUUGGCCCCAUCUCACCUGCUGCAGCCACCCACCCACCCAUCACCAAACAACAGCGGAACACUGAUUCACCUAGGAAAAAUCUCCCAGCCAGGAUUGAUUGGGCAGCCACUCUGUCCAGCACGUAGUGACAGGCACAGUGGAGAAGGGCUGAGGUUAAGGACUCGGUCCUUGGCUGGCAGCCUUGGUGUACAGUAUGUGUACUCGUGAAAAUUAACCACUAAGACAAGUGAAUUGUGACCGGGACAGACAGUGGGCUAGAGUGUCAGAGGAGGAGACAGUCAGCCGAGAGGCCUGCGCAGGGAUGGAGAAAGGCAGAGUGUGCACCGGCUCGUCCUCAGGGCUCCCCUCACCUCCCCUUCUUAGCUGCACAGAGCUGCGGUGGCAGGUGACUGCCCUGGGUGUCAGGCACACCGAGCUGGAGGGGCCUGAGGCCGGCUACAUCACUGUGCUCACCAUUACAUUGUGAGCUGCUAAGGCGGGGACAGACUUGCUCUCCUGUGUGCCCAGCGCAAUCGCUGUCACAUUUAUUCAGUGACCGAACAGUGAAAAUGAAACCCAGCAGAACAGCAGUCCACAAAAAGGCCUGCUGAGAUGACCUCAGUUGCCAGAGACUUGGUUCUGAUCCUCCUCGUGCCAAAGUUAACUUAGCCACAGUAAGAUCCGGGUGUCCCAAAAGCUGAGCCUGGGCUGUAUCCCAGGAGUCUUUCGUGUUUGCUUUUAUACUUUGCUGCAUUCUCUGAAAUACCUAUGAUUAUAAAUAAAAUCAGUGUGUGAAACAAAACCUGUUGAUUGGGUAAGUGUUAGAAGAAGCUGGCGAGAGCAGGUUCUAGAAGACUCUGGGUGAGCUGCCAUCCCUCUGAAAGGCAGCAGCAAGCAGAACCAGCUCCACUGUGUAGAUGAGGCCGCCCUUGUGAAAGGGGCCACACGUCCAAGCGGCAGGCAGGCCUGCCCCAGGCCCUUUCCUGGAGAGCUCUGUCUCGGAUCGGUUAGUAGCAGGUCAUCUGCCACCAUCCCUCAGCCGCAGACAUUCCCUCCUCAGCAGCAUUCCUUACUGUCCGGCACCUGAGCUAGCUGGAGGGCUCUGGUUAUGCCUCAGCAGUGGGGAGCAGGUAAAGCCAGGUCGCAGGUCGUGUGGGAGGGUUCAUUCUGGGGUUCUGGCGCCUUGCUAUCUCAGCCCCUGCCCCCGCUGCUUCCCUCAGCAGGGGCCACUAAGCUAGGCCACACAUUUGGCAAUUUGUAACCGAGUUUCCAGAACUUCUUGGACCAUCUUGGGCUUUGCAGGAUGUUUGUUCCUGCUGAAGCCAUAGGAGAUGGAGGGAAAUAAACUAGAAAGAAACCCCAAUAAUCCCCGCUGCUGUUCCGGAGAGCUUCCUGCAACACAGUGGCAUUUUUCUACAAUCCAUGGGCCUUGACCCUGAUCUGGCCCCUCUUCCCAAAAGGAGGCCUUGAAUUCCCCUGGAAAAGAAGCAGCUUAUAUUUGAGCUGUUCAUUCCUUCCACAUCUGUUAUUGGAGCACCUGUUUCGUACCAGACCCAGAUCUGGCAUUGGAAUUAGGAAAUGGAAUGGUAUUUUUCAGUGCCCACAAGGUCAUAACUGACAGGAGUCAUGUGAUAAAGAAUAUUGAGUGUUCAUUUUUAACGUAUGUUUCUAUUUGCAUAUUAAAUGAGUAAAGCUUAAUUGCUUCCUUACA